AUGUCAACCCACGACGUGCAAUUAUUGUUCCUUCUGCGAUCUAUUCGAGUGUGUGCCUAUGGCGGCUCUACUCUGAUUCUAUCCUUGUUUCUCUCCUCUCUUGGAAAUUCCGAUGCCAAAAUUGGCAUCUUCAUGUCGGCGACUCUCCUUGGAGAUCUUGUCAUCAGCGUUCUCACUAGCUUGAUGGCUGAUAGUCUCGGCCGCAGAAGAAUGCUGGCUUUCGGAUCAAUUUCGAUGGCUCUCAGUGGGGCCAUUUUUGCUACCUGUGACAACUUCUGGGUUCUUCUAACAGCAAGCAUUUUUGGGGUGAUCAGUCCUAGUGGAGGAGACAUUGGUCCAUUCAAGGUUAUCGAAGAGUCAACUUUAGCACAUCUACUUCCCGCCGAAAGUCUUAACGCUUCUCUCACUUGGUACUACACUUUGGGAUCAUGGGGAGGGGCAUUAGGAUUGCUAGCGACUGGAUGGCUAAUACAGUGCCUUCAGUCAAAUAAAAUAGCAACACUCGAUGCCUAUCGUGCGACAUUUUUCCUUUAUUCGGCGAUUGGUGUCUUGAAGACCGCGGUAACUUUUUUCCUCACUGACAUGUGCGAGGCAGAGCCACAGGACUCACCAUCGUCUGAAGCCAUACAGCCAAGAUCUAUGAACGAGAGCGAACCUCUUCUUCCGUACCAUAGGCGCUCUACAACCCCAGUAUUUUCCAUCAGUUUACCAACAAGAUGUUUCUUACUCAAAUUCUGUCCGAUAAUAAUGUUUGAUAAUGUCGGCACCGGGUUCUCCACAGACUCUUGGCUCACCUACUUUAUAAACCGGAAAUUUCCCAAUACCUCGGACGGGCUACUCGGUUCGAUAUUCUCAACAUGUAGCGUUAUUAUAUCGAUGUCCAACAUCCUGGCAAUUCCUGCUGUCAGACGCUUUGGCAUUCUCCGCACAAUGAUCAUUGGCCAUCUUAUUGCAUCUACGGCUCUCAUGCUCCUGCCGCUUCCUGAUAAAUUGAAUGGAGCUGUUAUGCUCCUGGUGACGAGGGCAAUCUUUCUCGAUUUCGACCAAGCUCCACGCCAGACAUUUCUAGCGCAGCGAGUUCCAGCCGAAGAGCGUACAGCUGCUAUGGGGGUUGUUAACAUGACUCGGACCCUGGCACAGAGUGGAGGUCCCCUCUUGACUGGAUAUUUGGGUCAACAAGGGCGGUUAGGACUUUCUUUCGUAUUGGCUGGGGUGGUCAAAUGGGUGUAUGAUAUUCUCUUAGCGGUUGCUUUCCUGCCCGGUAACAAAUAG